AUGGCCGAGGCACCAACAGCCAAAUUAUGGAGUCGCAGAUUGGUAGGCAAGACAAUUGCCAGGAUUCAGGAUGAACUGACGAUCCAAGCAGCGGCCCUUCGCCACGAACUGGACAACAUCCACACAUACGAUUUCGUCGAGGGGACCAUCCCUGCUCCUCUAGCUCCUGAACUGGUGCCAUUCUUCCCUACCGACGGGGCAUACUACGACUACUUCUCCUUCGACUCGGCAGAGAGUGUGAAGAAAGCCCUUGAUGACCUGUCACAUUUCCUCGAAACCGAAGGCCCAUAUGAGGGUCUCAUCGCCUUUUCCCUAGGCGGCGCACUCGCAGCGACUUUCCUCAUCCGCGAAGCCACCCUGAACCCAGCCACGCCACUCCCGUUCAAGUGCGCGAUCUUUCUAUCCGGAGGGGCGCCAUUGGACCCUGUCGCUCUGGAGCGGGGAGAAGUCGUCUUACUUGACGCUCCACUUCCUGGCGAAGACAGUCAAUUGCUGCACGGGUUUCCUACCGCGCACAUCUGGGGCCGGAAUGAUGAACUGUGGGGAGACCGGAGCGAGACACUAUGCGCACUGUGUGAUCCACAGGAGAGAGCGGUACUCCUGCAUGACGAGGCGCAUGCUGUCCCCGGCGCCAGAGCCAAAGAGGCAUUGUUGGGUAGUGUGCGGGCCAUCCGGCGGACGGUGGGAAGGGCCGUGAUGGCCGGCUAGACCCUGCAGCAGGAUUGUUUCAUGUGAAGAUAUCAUCCUUCAAGGCGGAUUUAGUCCAGCAGAACAUUAGCCAAGCUAAUUUGGGGCGGGCCGAGGAAGCGCGGGCCGGUUGGGGGCCAUUUGUAUAUCCAGAAGUGAUCGGCGAUGUCAUAUCCCUG